GUGGCUAUUAAGACAUGAGAUACAUUAAUAUUUUGUAUAUCGCGUCCAAAUGAAUCUAUUCUAAUAUCGUACGAGAAUGACACAAUGGAGAUUUAAGUCUGUAUGUAUUGUUAUAAAACUCAAUUAAGAGAGUCACCUCUAUACGGAGACAGGUGAUGGAAAUGUGCUUUAUACAGAUGAAAUCGAUAUAAAAUCUGUGUUAGACGUGCGAUAGUCAAAGAACGUAACAGCGCAACAAACUCAUUGGACAUGUUGUCUGUCAGUCAAAUUUUGCGGCCAUAUAUUAUGAAUGGACAUCUUUUUCGCAUACGUUUUUCAUUGACGAUAUAAAACAAUGCAUAUUCUGUUAUGUGAAUGAAAUUUAUUUACUCUAUGGAGAAGGCUAUUUGAACAUUUGGUGGCUUGAUAUUUACAGUGGUAUAAUUUUAUCGUACCGAUGUUACCAUUGCCACGAAAAUUAAAUGUUUCAAGGUCAUAAUUAUCAAUAGCACGGGGAUUUUAAUUGGCAAUUGCCGAGUUGAAUACCUUCUGAAGUUCGAUUGGUAAAGACGAGACGAAAGUUUUUAUAAAAGAACUUUUGAUCAUUUUAUGGAAGCAUACCGUUUUAGGACAACGGACGGGUCAGUCGACCGGCGAUAAAAUCAAUCAACGAUGAUUCAAAAUCGAAUCUACUGCAUAUUAUUUAUCAACAUUAUAGUUGUGACACAGCUGAAAGCAUCUCGGCUACGAUUUCGACAAAAAGAAGAAAUUCUACACGAACACAACCGACACCGGCGGAAUCUUGCUGGCGGGUUGUAUGGUACAAGGGUAUCUAACAUGCGAAAACUGAUUUGGAGUAAUUCUCUACAAAGCCAUGCAUCUGAGAUUUUACAGUGUAGUACAGAAAAUUCAGACUUAUUUCAGAACAGUUUCACUGUGAAUAUUGGACAAGGUUCCUCCUUCGGAAACGUAAUAAACAAGUGGUUUCGAGAAAUUCAAUAUUUAUUUCCAUAUGAAGCGUCAUGCUUGGAAUUUUCCAAAUGUAACAAUAUUCUAACGAUAAUAAAUGCAGAGCAUCACUCCAUUGGUUGUUCGUUUAAAAGAUGCAGUGGUAAAAUUAAACUACUGUGCAUGUACGAGGGAGGCGCUGAAUACCCACCAGUAUACAAACCUGGCAUUCCAUGUACAAAAUGUUCCGACGACGCAGCAUUCUGCGAUAAUGGACUAUGUGUUGCGUGUAACCCUGCGGCAGAAAAAUGUGACUGCAGAAAAACGUGUGGAAAAUCCCUUAUAGGCUUAGGAACCUUGGACAACGAUACGUGCACGUGUGCAUGUAGAUACGGAGCGGGGCCAAAUUGUGACGAGGAAUGCAAGAACCAAAAUAUGUAUGAAGACUGGGAUAUAUGCCAAGAGCUGACGGACGAAAAUUGUAACUCACCAUAUCAGGAGGAGAGGGAAAUGUUCAGAGAAUUUUGUCCCCAGCGAUGUGGAGUGUGUGAAAAAUAUCCAUCCAGCCAAAUUCUCUCUGUUCUGAGAAGACAGAAUAGAGUGCAAUGACGGAAGUGGUUUUGGGAGGCAUGUGCAAUCGGAUAUCAAUAGGACCAUAUUCCGGAAUUUUUUAAUUUCAUCUCUGUCCAGUGUUUGGCUGUUGUGAUCGACUGAACGUGUUUUCUUUUUAAGCGUACAAAAUGUUUAAUAAGCCCUGCAGCAACCACUAAUAAUAUAAUACAAUCACUAAUGAUAUGAUAUAAUCACUAAUAAUACGCAGUUGGAGGUCAAAUCAUUUAUAAGCACAAUACCAGUGACAAAUGCAUUUGGGAUUUACCCCCGAACUAUACCUUCUUUUUUUUUUUAUCAAAGUAAAACAUUUCAAAAUAUAUCAAACAAACAUCGAACUUUUCUCCCAAUUUCUGAUCAUUUAAGUUUUGUUAAAUUAUUCAUUAGUGUGGAUAAAAACUAUUCACAAGGUAUAUCACGUCGCCAUCUUGUUUUUCUUUUUUACCAGCUGCAUGACCAUCGCUUGCAAUUUUCGGCGAAAAGAUCGAUAUGAUACAUGUAUAAUGAUAAGCCCCCUACCGUUCAGAGGCAACUCUGUCAAGGUCUUACUCUCGCAUCGUUAUGGUGAACGGGAAAUAAAGUCCAUUUAUCGGCUAUAAUCAACCGUCAAACAUCGUCUACUGCUUCUUAAAAGCAAAGAAUCGGUGAAAGGGAGACGGAAGUUGAUAUAAUUAUGCAAAUGAGAAUACGCAACUUCCGAGAUAUCAGCUCUUCUGUGAUAGAGGUACGUUCAGUGUUCUGUUGAACGCUUGGGUGGGUACAAGAUGUAUACAUAUAGUAUAGACUAGCAAUGUAACUACGGAUAAAAGUAAUGAAAGUGUAAAAAAAAAAAAAAUCAGCCGUUCGUAUACAUUAAACUGACCAUAUCGAGAAUGCUAUUUGAUUGAAUUAGGCCAUUAAAUUAAAUAUGAAAUUAUUUAUAAUUUUUUAUUUCCUCUUCUGCAAGAGUGAUAUUUUAAUCAAAGAAAAAUGGUGAUUAUCUAUUUUUGUUUGAGGUAUUUUAUUAUUGAAUACUAAUAAACUUACUAAUAUUGUGUGUCCCUGCAGUUAGGGUGGUUGCAUGAUGUCUGAUAACAGGCCUUUAGGCAAUAUACGAAGGCAGCGAUAAGCAUUUGUACCCACCUCGUGUGGACGAUAGUAUGUUUUGUGUCUCACUGUGCGUAAGAGUUCCACAAAGGGAAAGAACUGUUGGGCAACUCGGAAAUUGCGUAUUCUCUUGCCGCUGUACCCUCUGACAAUUGUGCAGAGAUAAAAGGGGUAGCACUGAAUGCAGGGCAAUGUGCAGCCCUAAUACAAUUGUGUGGUAUUAGGACAGACUGGCACGGGGGGUUCAGUAGAAAAGGUGCAUCUUUCUUUUUGUAAAAAAGAGUGUUAGGAGGAAACAAAAGAACCAACAAUAGUAUGAUAUAUUGUGAACUUGGCAGAUUUCCACUUUACGUUAGAAGAAAACUGAGAAUUUUUAAAUUCUGGUUAAAAAUUAAAACCACGAAUAACUGUAUUUUGAAAGAUUGUUAUGAAAAUAUGAUUGCAAACAAUGACAACUGGAUUGUUAAUGUGAAACAUGAUACAUGUAUGUCAAUCAUUGGUUUAGAAUAUCUGUUUGAAAAGUCGUGUGUGAAUCAGCUUAAAGAUUAUAAAAUAAAAGAAUUCAGAAUAUUGAAUAUUUACAAACAAAAUAUAAUGUCUCUUUCAAGUUCACCAAAAAGUGUUCUUUAUCAACAUUUAAUACACAACUUUUGUUUACAAUCAUAUCUCAAAAGAUCAAUCAACUUAAAAGGGAAAAAUUAUCAUUAAAUUCAGAACGUCUUCACAUUCUUUGAAUAUUGAAAAAGGCAGGCAUAACAAUGUUUUAAGGACUGUGAGGCUUUGUAAAUUAUGUGAUUAUAUUGAUAUAGGAGAUGAGUUUCAUUUUAUCCUGAAAUAUCCAUUUUACAACGAUUUGAGAAAGAAAUAUAUUAAGGGGUUUUAUUACACAAAACCAAGUGUCUUUAAAUUAGUUAAGCUCCUUAGUGUAGACAAUACUAAAGAACUCUAUAACUUGGGAAAAUUCUUAGUACAAUCUGUGAAAAUACGAAGUUUAGCAUUGUAAGUCAAUAAUGUAAUUAUAGUAUUUUUUCUAAUAUGUGCAUCUCAUAAUGUGAUUACAUGUAUAUUAUUUUAUAUUUGUAUUUUCUUCUCCUAGCUUCUCCUGUCCACUCACCUGUUGUUUAUCUUAUACAAUUAGACAUAUUUUGUAUAUACAUGUACAUGUGCUAGAUGUAUUCCGAUGAGUUGUAUAACUCAAGGACAAUAAAGAAUUGAAAAGUAAAUUAUCGCAAUGUAAAAACAACAUUGGAAAUGUUCAUAGCACUCUUUUUUAUUUUCUUAUGCUUCGACUGAAAAAUCUACAGACAUUUGGCAGUAUAUAUGUUACUGAACGUUUGAGAGUACACCCACGUGUGAGCGUGUGUGGGUUUUAAUUCAGUAUUGUGAACUUUUAUUAUAAAUAGUACAUGUGAUAUUUACUUUCAACUACUUUUAAUAAAAGUGCAUGAAUAACAGAAGUUAUCGUGUUUAACGUUGAAAAAAAAUGAAAUAAAGUUUACACAAAUAGAA